AUGGAUGAUGAACAUCUGGAAAUGAUGUCUGGAUAUUUUGCUGCUCAUCCGAAUGCGACUUUGAAAGAUUCGGGCCCUUCUGGAACCCCCCUGGGUGCAACUAGCACAGCAGUUGCCUUACCUGGUGCAACUAGCGUAGUUGCUGCAGUUUCACCACCAGCAGAGCCCCCGGUCUUCCAAUGUCCACGAAGGCCCAACCUUGGCCGGGAAGGUCGACCUAUCGGACUGAAGGCCAACCAUUUCCAAAUAACAAUGCCUCGAGGUUUUGUUCAUCACUAUGAUGUCAACAUUCAACCCGACAAAUGCCCUAGAAAGGUGAACAGAGAAAUUAUAGAAACGAUGGUGAAAGCAUACGGUAAAAUUUUUGGCAGCCUGAAACCAGUAUUCGAUGGCAGGAGUAAUCUUUAUACGAGAGAUCCACUGCCUAUUGGCAACUCCAGAGAAGAACUGGAAGUCACACUGCCGGGCGAGGGAAAGGAUAGACUAUUUCGUGUCAGCAUCAAGUGGGUGGCUCAAGUUUCGCUUUAUGGUCUGGAAGAGGCAUUGGAAGGUAGAACUAGACAGAUACCAUACGAGGCUAUUUUAGCCUUGGAUGUUGUCAUGAGGCAUUUGCCCUCUAUGAGUUAUACACCAGUCGGAAGGAGCUUCUUCAGCAGCCCGGAAGGAUACUACCAUCCACUAGGUGGUGGCCGGGAAGUUUGGUUUGGUUUUCAUCAGUCAGUUAGACCUAGCCAGUGGAAAAUGAUGCUCAACAUUGAUGUUUCUGCAACGGCAUUUUACAAAGCACAACCUGUGAUAGAAUUUAUGUGUGAAGUACUUGAUAUCCGAGACAUCAAUGAGCAGCGAAAACCUUUAACGGACAGCCAGCGUGUCAAAUUCACAAAAGAAAUCAAAGGACUCAAAAUAGAAAUAACUCACUGUGGGGCUAUGAGAAGAAAGUACAGAGUGUGUAACGUAACUAGAAGACCUGCACAGAUGCAGUCAUUUCCGCUUCAGCUUGAAAAUGGACAAACUGUGGAAUGUACAGUUGCAAAAUACUUUUUAGACAAAUACAAGAUGAAGCUUAGGUACCCACAUUUGCCAUGUCUCCAGGUUGGACAAGAACACAAGCACACUUAUUUACCAUUAGAAGUUUGUAAUAUAGUUGCGGGUCAGAGGUGUAUCAAGAAAUUGACUGACAUGCAGACAUCUACUAUGAUCAAGGCUACAGCAAG